CAUCUGUAUCAAGAUGGUGAGAGUCGACCAGAGGCCCAACAGCAGGAUUAUCAUGAUAGAGCUCAUUUCUUUACUGAUCAGAUUCAACAUGGAAACUUCUCCCUCCUUCUGGACAAUCUGAGAGCCGAAGAUGAGGGACGAUACACAUGUAGAGUUUACAGUCAGCAGAAUUCUGGUGAAACUGUGGUUCAGAUAAAAGACGUUGAGCGUUUGCUAGUAUCAGGAUCAGAUGAGUCCAUAUCUGCAUCUGUGGGUGAGGACAUCACUCUGAACUGCUCUGUAGACUCCCACAUCACACCUGAACACAUUGAAGAGGUUUCAUGGAAGAAAACAGAUGGAAAUAUUCUGGUUCUACUCUACCAAAACAAGACUUUACCAGAUUCAUCAGAUGAGCGAUACAGAGACAGAGUUGAGUUCUUCACUGCUGAGAUCCCCAAAGGAAACUUCUCUCUCAGACUGAAGAGUGUCAGAACUGAGGAUAAAGGAGUUUACAUGUGUCAGGUGUUUGCUGGAGGACUUUUAGCCAAUGCAACUGUGGUACUGGAGAGACUGG